GCCCGACGUUCCCUCGCUCGUUCACCCUUUUCUCCUUGCGCUAUCUACACACAACCUCGGCGCCCUUCCCCCCUUCCUCGCACCAUGAGUGCCCGUGUCGCCAGCAGCGAGACCUCCCCCCUCCUCAACCUCCCCAACGGGCAUGAACCAGCGAAGCGCCCCUCGAAGGCGCGCGCGAUCAUCUGGUCGCUCGUCACCAUCGUCUUCGCGGCCGCGGUCGUGCUGAUGACGGCGGCGAACGCGGGGAGCGAUAGCCUGCGCGUGUGGCUGGGGAUGAUGCCGUACGACGCGGAUCUGGCGGCGGAUGUGAUACUGAAGACUGCGCCGGUUAUUGACGGACACAUUGACCUCCCAUGGCUUGUGCGCAUGAUCUUCAAGAACGACCCGGCGAAGUUCGACCUCGAGAAGGACAUGCCCUACCACGUUGACAUUGAGCGCCUGAGGAAGGGCAAGGUCGGCGGUUUCUUCUGGUCAGUCUACACCCCCUGCCCCGACCCCGAAGAGGAGGGCCCGGACUAUGUGAAUGCGACCUUGAGCGUCAGGGACACUAUGGAGCAAAUUGACCUCUCCAAGGUCCUCAUUGACAAGUACUCGGACACCUUCGCCCUCGCCACUACCGCUGCGGACGUCAAGAAGGCCAUUCGCGCCGGCAAGAUCGCGAGCUUGCUCGGUAUUGAGGGCGCGCACCAGAUCUCCGCCUCCAUCGGUACCCUCCGCCAGUUCCAUGAGCUCGGCGUCCGCUACAUGACGCUCACGCACACCUGCAACAACCCUUUCGCGGACUCGUGCGGUAUGGCAUGGGGCGGAAUCGAGCCCAGGUGGCAUGGCUUGAACCCGGCCCUCGGUCCUCAGCUCGUCAAGGAGAUGAACAGGCUGGGCAUGUUCGUAGACCUCUCGCAUACGUCGGACGAGACAGCGAAGCAGGCGAUCGAGCUGUCGGAGGCGCCCGUCAUCUGGUCCCACUCUUCCGCUCGCGCCGUGCACAACCACCCGCGUAAUGUGCCUGACGACAUCUUGCAGCUCAUUGGUGAGGGUGAGGGCAAGAAGGAUGCUGUGAUUAUGGUCAACUUCGCGCCCGGAUUCGUGGGCCCGACGGAUGAGGAGGCUAACCUGGAAAGGGUUGCUGCUCACGUCGAGCAUAUUGCUGCGGUGGCAGGCAAGAAGCACGUCGGCCUCGGAAGUGACUUCGACGGCAUCUCCAGCACGCCCAGUGGUUUGGAGGAUGUGUCGAAGUACCCGGCUUUGAUCUCUCUCCUCUACAGCCGCGGCUGGUCAAAAUACGAUCUCGCGGGACUCGCGGGCGGCAACUUGUUGCGCGUCAUGGAGGGCAUGGAGCGCGUCGCCGCGGAUUUGCAACGCAAGGGCGUCGCGCCGGCGAUGGACGUGUAUGACCGGCGUACCGACCUGUGACCGUAAAAUGUCUGAACUGGUGCGAGGAAUCUGAUUGCGCAGUGGGAUAUACGCUGUUGUAUGGUUGUGUGGUGACUCGAGGUGACUCUUGCUUUGAUUCCCAGCUAUUCACGGCUGCUCUUCGCAUCUUUUGAGCGCAAGUUCAUCACCAACGUGCGCUGUACCGUACGCCACAAUGUUAUUGCUCUGCCACAGGGCUAUACCGUAUCUGCCCCAUCACGAUGAUGUUUCAC